CUUUUGAUCUCCAAUGUGCCCCAAAUGAACAGAUUGCUGUGGCAUUGGCCCAAGUGACCACAGACAGAAGGACACGACCCUAGCCUUUCGCCACUCAUCCCCCUGUUGAGUGCCUUGUAUUGGAAUUCCCUUUGUGCUAUAUACGUUUCGUACGUGAUACCUUUGCUUAGGUGCCACCACUCUCUACAAUUUUACUUCUAACUUCGAGAUCUGAAGAUGUCUCUCAUCAGUGUGCGGCACAUGGGCUUGAAACGCGAGCUUCCGCUCGAACUUCUCUACAAUGUCAUAGACAUCUGCGCCCAAAACGCUUCUUUCAACGAGCUGAAAUCCCUUAGUCUUGUAUCCCGAUCAUUGAACCGUCAAGCUCGAAAACAUAUCUGGGGUCAUAUCGAACUUCCUACGAGGAGAGCUAUUAGAUUAGAUAGGGAAGGAAAAGACUUCUCAUCCCUUGUUGACGUUUUGUCUACGCUGCAGGAUAUACCCAGAUCACUACAUCUGGUUUCAUACCCUCCCGAAGUCUUAUCGCCAUUCUUGCGGAAGCUCAAAUUCCAUGCGUUGCAGCGAAUCUCUAUUCAUGGAUACGAUCCACGCGCCUCCUCUGCCCCUUCCCCCUCCACACUCGCGAAACUGCUGCGAACGAACUCCGCCUUGCAUUUGAUGAAACUUAGCAACAUUCGGAUGAGGCCGAUUUCCUUCCUUGACCUUAUCUCGCAAUCAGAGCUGCAGGGCCUCCGGCAUUGCAUUCUCGAUAUCAUAAACACUACAGUUGACGAUAGCUGGGAUGACUAUCUCAGGGAACCGGAGUCUGAUGCCAUAGAUGAUUUCUUAGAGAAGAGGAGCGAAGGGCAGGAUGUGGCUCGGCCGUCACUGGUGUCAUUAUACCUGAACCGCGUCACAAAUCUUCCCAAUCCUGCAUUUUGCAAGGCCCUCUUCGGAGACGUUCACUCUCUGUUCGAUAUCUCGUCCCUUCAGCAACUCACACUCUGCAUCUCGAGUUAUCCACCCGUUCCACUGGAAUAUUUCACAGAAGUUAUUGAGUUGUGCUGCCUUUCGGUCUCCUCGUUGACUAUCCAUAACUGGCAAGGUUGGUGCCAUAUAUAAAAUCUGCAUCAAUGAGCGCGAUAUUAACUUUCGUUCAAGACGUAACUCGUCCGGACUCCCACUCUGUCACCAAAUUCGUCAACGCGACCAACGUAGCUUUUGACAUCUACGGGGGGACUGGUCUCGAAAUUGUUGAAACCUCAUUAGAGUUGGCAUUGGAACAUCUCCUGGGUUUGAAGUACUUGAAAAAAGUGAAAUUCACCGUCGAGUCGUACAAUCCACUCGAAUUU